AUGUCAAUUCUCGAAUAUUCUGAAGCUUUUACAGCAUGGGGUAGAUCUUCAUGGAAAAACGUCCACAACUGUAAACAAUGCCCCUAUUUUUCGACAUCACUUUUGCAUAUGGUGAACCACGUGCGGCGACACCGCUUCCCCGUGAAAAAAUUCGCUUGCUCUAACACCGAAGUCGAAGCUUUCUACUGCAAAGACUGCGAUUUUAAAACAACACUAACGGUUGAGUUCAAACAACACAUUAACCAACACCACGGCUUUAAAAAAGAAUCCAGAGAAGUUUUAUCACGUCAGGACUUUGUUAUACGAAACUACGUUUGCGAGAAAUGUAGUUUCGAAAGCAAUUCGUUUUUAAAGUGUCUUCAGCAUACUUCAGGAUGCACGAGGGAAAACGAAAAUGUUCAGAAUGUGGAUUUAAGCGGCGAAAUACGUUGGCAUUAUUGCGACGAGUGUCCCUUCAGGGCCAAAGUAAAAGGUUGGUUAACUAGACAUAUAAAUAGUGUACAUUUAAACCAAAAAAGCGCUAAAUGGUAUAAAUGUGACAAUUGUACAUAUAAAAGUAACGAUAGACGUAAUUUAAGAGUGCAUACAGACAUCCAUCAUUCCAACAACAAACAAUAUCAGUGCAAAUUUUGUACAUAUAAAGCUAAAGUGAAAGGUUACGUAAAACGUCACAUGGACAUGCACCAUUUGAAUGGAAAACGUUGGUUCGAAUGCGAACAUUGUCCAUACAAAAUUAGAAGUCAAAGAGAUUUAAGAAUCCACGUGAACCGUCACCAUUUAAAAGAGGAAGAUGCCCAGUGGUACACAUGUGAAAAGUGCCCGUUUAAAACCAGAGUGAAAUACGGUUUGAAAAAACACACCAAGUUCGUUCACGCUAAUGAAGAAGACGCUCCAUGGUACGAAUGCACUGAAUGUGGAUUCAAAACUAGGUAUAAAGCGUCUUUAAAGGCACACAUAAAUGCACUACAUUUAGAUGAGGACCAAAUUGAAUGGUUUAGAUGCGAAUAUUGCCCAUUCAAAGCUAAACGGCGAUUCCAUUUAAAAUGUCACGUAAAACGUCGACAUGCGAAUAAUGCGGAAAUUGCAGAAAUUACAGGAAUUAAAUGGUACGAAUGCCAAGAAUGUUUUUUCAAAACUAAAUACAGGAACACGUUAAAGGAACAUCUGUAUGUGAAACAUUUGGAAAACCCGCAAUGGCGCGAACAAAACAUGAUUCAAAAAAAUUUUGUGGAGUGUGAGGACACGGAACUGCGAAAUGUCAAUGUGGCCAAAAUGUCAAGUUUGGAAUACCGUAAAGCAUUCGCUACAACUGGUCGGUCUUCAUGGAAAAACGUGCACAACUGUAAACUAUGUCCAUUCUUUACUACUUCGCUUUUUCUUAUGAUCAACCACGUGAGGCGACACCGUUCACCAUUCGAAAAAUUCACCUGUGGAAACGCCGAAAUUGAAGUGUUUUUUUGCAAAGACUGCGAUUUUAAAACCGAACUAACGAUUCUGUUCAAACAACACAUUAUCAAACAUCAAGGAUCCAAAGAUUUACCAAGUGAGGACUUCGUCGUACGAAACUACGUUUGCGAAAAAUGUACUUUCGAAACAAAUCUCUCAUUGAAGUUGCUUCAGCAUACUUCACAAUGCACAGGAAUGAAAAUCAGUGUCGGCAAUUCACGUGAAACUAAAAUUGAAGGUGGUACAUGGCACAAGUGCGAAAAUUGCCCUUUCAAAACUAGAACAAAAAAGACUUUAAACAACCACAUGAAUUCCUUUCACUUGCAGGGAGAAGAUAUUAAAUGGUAUGAAUGCAAAGAGUGUCCAUUCAAAACUAAAAUCAAAGGAUGUUUAAAGAGACACGUAACUGCGAAACAUUUAGAAGAAGACAAAAUUAAGUGGUAUGAAUGCAAAGAGUGUCCGUUCAAAGCUAAGUUUAAUUCGCCUUUAAAGAAACACAUACGCCGAAGACAUUUAAAAAAAACGGCAGUAUCGUAUCAGUGCGAGUAUUGUCCAUACAAGGCGAAACGCAGGGACCAUUUAAAGAUUCAUCUAAAUAACCGCCAUUUGAAAGGAGCGGACGUUAAAUGGUACAAAUGUGAAUACUGCCCAUUCAAAAGUAAAGAUAAGUCAACUUUGAGUAAGCACAAGAAAAAGCACUUGUGA